AUGGAUGCUGAACAAAGACGGAACAUAGUCUGCAUGCAAAAAAGGGAAUGCUCGUGCAAACAAUUUCAAGUGGAUGAGAUUCCUUGUCCACAUGCUAUGAUAGUAUUGGACUACACACACAUAGAAGCAUCCAAAUAUUGUUCUGCCUAUUACACCAAGGAAUACUUCAAGAAGACAUAUGAAGUAUCAGUUAAUCCACUUCUAGAUGAAACUAUAUGGGACUUUCCAACAGAGGUGCUAGAUAAUGUGGUCCUACCACCGAUAGUGAAGGGCAAAUCAGGAAGACCGACGAAGUCGCGACGCACGGGACUUUAUGAAUAUUUGUAUACUGAAACAGUUACCUGUGGACUGUGUGGAAAACAAGGACACAACAGAAUAACAUGCAAGAAUGCUCGAGAUAACUAG